ACAAAUCUUCAAACAGUUUUUAACGAACAGAGUGCUGAAAGACCCUAAGCAGAGGCGCUUUUUCAAAUCCAAUGACCUUUAUGAGCUUUUUACUCUCAGCAGCCCAGAUGUGUCUCAGGGGACAGAAACGAGUGCAAUUUUUGCAGGUACUGGUUCAGAUGUUCAAGUCCCAAAACACCAACUGAAACGGAAACUUGAAAAGCCACCCGAUAAUGACACUUCUAAAGGUGAUCUCCAUCAUACAGAAAGCAGCUCGCUGAAGUACAGCAAGUCAUCCAAUUCCUGCUUAACCACCCAGAUGACGAAUUCUUCUUCUAAAGCAAUAGCAACAAGUGAGGAAGCCAAAGGAAAUUCAGAAGCCAUUGACCAAAAUAGCUAUGCAAAAGAUAAUGCGCAAGCUGCUGUAAAUUCAUUUACUAAAAGCAAGGAGAAAAGCUUGGAAAAAGAUGACAAAUCUAUGUCCCAGUCAUUGCCAGGGGAUGCAGGGUCUUCAGAGAACACCAAAUGUCUGAACACUGUGGUGGCUGAUGAAGUGCAUGGCACGGCUAAUGCAAAUGCCGAGGGAGAUUGCAGCCUCGCGUGUGGUGCAGCUGGCUCUUGGGUUGCUAAAACUGGAGAUGGGCAAUUAGAUAAUCAUCAUAAAUGUACCUCAAAAACAAAGCACAGGGUGGAUGUGCUGUCACAGGACAGCCACAAAGAUAAGUCCAGGAAGAAACAUCACAAAGAUGCCAAAUUUGAAGGAGAGCGCAUUCCUCAUCUAGUGAAACAAAAGCGAUACAGAAAGGAGAACAGUGAAGAGAAGGAGGAAGACUCAAAGAAAAAUGAUGAUUACGUCUUGGAGAAACUGUUCAAAAAAUCAGGGGUACACAGCGUUAUGAAGCAUGAUGCCAUUAUGGAAGCUUCCAGUGCAGAUCACGUGCUGGUAGAAGCAGAAGCAAACAGGGUGGCCCAGGAUGCCUUAAGAGCCUUAAAAGUCUCUCGACAGCGAUGUUUAGGAGCUGCUUCUGGUGUGCCAACUUGGACAGGCACGAGUGGUCUUUCAGGUGCACCGUCAGGAAUAAAGAGUCGGUUUGGUCAAAAAAGAAACUCCGCGCUGCUUGCUUUACAUUCCACUUGUGCAUCGCCUGCAAAGUGCAAGAACGAAAAUGUAAAGAAGUGUAGUUCCAAUGGGCACUUUGAUGGAAAAUCCGGAGAAUCAUCGUCCGGUGCGCUAGACUCUUCAUCAUUAUUAGCUAAGAUGAGAGCAAGAAACCACAUUCUUUUACCACAACGGACAGGGAAUGAGGGAGAGGAGAAUCACCGGCAAGAACCAGCCCCAGGUGUAACAGAAUACGAUGAACUGCUCGUGGACAUGCGGAACUUCAUAGCGUUCCAGGCCCGCGUGGAUGGUGAGGCUAGCACUAAGGAACUGCUGCAGCAGUUUGAGUCCAAACUGCCUGUGGCGCAGUCCUACGUCUUCAGAGAACUUCUCCGCAAUCUCUGCACCUUCCAUAGGAACCCAAGCGGGGAAGGUGUCUGGAGGCUAAAGCCAGAAUUCCGCUGA